AUGGGUAAAUGGCACUACGGUAUCGUCCUAGAUGCGGGAUCAUCUGGGACCCGAGUUCAUGUUUAUCGGUGGUUGGACAAUGCGAUCGCGCUCAAAGAAUCCGGCAAACAUAACCUCAAGUCGCUUCCGGAAAUCAAAACAAAGGCGGAUUGGGUGAAGAAGAUACAUCCUGGAGUUUCUACAUUCGCUGAUCGACCGGAGGAAAUUGGCCCUGAGCACCUCGCCGAACUUCUCGAUUUCGCCCGCGAGAUUGUUCCCGAUGACGCAAUCAAGGAGACGCCGAUUUUCAUGCUAGCCACUGCUGGGAUGCGACUGGUGCCGGAUGUGAAGCAGAAACUUUUGCUAGAUCACGUCUGCUCUUACGCCCGCGAAAAUUACGACUUCGCGCUCCCCGACUGCGACGUGCAUAUACAGGUCAUUCCCGGCGUCACUGAAGGGUUGUACGGCUGGGUUGCCACGAACUAUCUGCUCGGAAGCUUCGACUCGCCUGGUAACCACGAUCAUGGGAAAGACCACCAUACCUACGGAUUUCUCGACAUGGGCGGAGCCUCUGCUCAAAUUGCAUUCGCCCCAAACGCGACCGAAAGCGAAAAGCAUGCGAACGAUCUGACUUUACUUCGACUGCGCAACAUCGACGGAUCUACUCAGGAACAUCGAGUGUUUGUCACGUCAUGGCUCGAAUUUGGAGUACGGGAAGCCCGCCGGCGUUACUUGAGCGCUCUGCAAACUGCGCUUGGGGCCGAUAAUGUCAAGGAAUUCCCCGACCCCUGUCUCCCGGCUGGACUCCGAACGACACUCGAUGGGAAACCUCUGGAAGGAGCUGAGACGGAGCAAUACCUUUUGGGAACCGGAAAGUUUGAUGAGUGCCUGCGAGGGACAUAUCCGCUACUCGACAAGGACGCUCCAUGCGAGGACCAACCUUGCCUACUCCACGGCAUCCACGUACCGGCGAUUGACUUCGACGUCAACCAUUUUGUCGGCAUCAGCGAGUACUGGCAUACCACGCACGAAGUGUUUGAAAUGGGACAUACGGAUAAGGCAUACGACUUCAAUACCUAUCAACACCGCGUCGAGGAGUUUUGCUCACAGGAUUGGGAGUCAAUCGAGCGAGGUAUUUCCGAACACAAGUGGGGAAAGAAACUCGAUCAAGAAAAGGCCUACGAAGUUUGUUUCAAGGCGUCUUGGAUUAUCAAUGUCUUGCACGACGGCAUUGGCGUUCCACGAGUCGGCUUAGAACCCAUGUCGACUUCUGGUGUCAACGGCACCAAAGAAGUUCUGGAACAUGGGAAGCACAAGGGCUAUCUAGACGCUUUCCAAGCCGUCAACAAAAUAGAUUCUACCGAAGUCAGCUGGACCCUAGGCAAGAUGGUUCUUUAUGCUGCAUCUCAGGUUCCCGUGGAGUCCGCUGAAGCGCUGCCUGUUGGCUUUGGCAGCAACGUUGCCGGCGUUCCCAGUGAUUUCCAGUACCCUAGCACCGGAUUAUUGCCGAAUCUGGAGCCUCUUCAUGGCGAUUCAUGGGAGGAUGCGCUUUUUGAAGGCGGCUCGUCGCGCAGGAUCCCAGGAAUUAUUCUCUUUGUUCUCAUUGUCUUUCUAGCCCUGUUCUUCUUAUGCGGCCGCACUCGGCGAUUAAAGGUCUACCACAAGAUCAACAACCUUUUCAGCUGUGGGCGCCCGGGCGGUUCGCGUUUGAUCCAGCAACGGAAGCGCAAAGCAUCCGCUCCUAUCAAACCCUCGUUCUUCGGCCAAAGUACCCCGUCAUAUGAGCGUAUCCUUGAAGAAGGGGCGCAGGACAUUGAGCUUGCGGGCUCAGAUUCCAGCCGCUCAUCAUAUGACUACGUCUCGGAUACCGAUACCGCAGCCUUUCUGCCCCCGAAACGGACGCCUAGCUGGGGCCAGGGCAGUCCCGCACGCCUUCAUUUCAACCAAGAUAACUCAUCCUCUGCAACGGUUGGACUCGGAAUCAGCGCCCCGCCAGGAAUCUCUACAAUCGAUAGAAGUGGCCUGGUCGUGAGGACGGAAAGCCGGGACCAUCUGACCCCGAUUGCAUUGGGGCCGACAACGAACGGGCGCCGGUCCAGAGCACCCAGUCCAUCGCGGUCCCACUCUCAUAGGUCGCCCAGCGCGACACCACUACACGAUUAA